AUGGCUCAGCAGAGUUUGUCAAACAUAAUAGCUGCCGCUGCUAUCGAGUUUGCCCCUUAUGAAGCCCUCUACAGGCAUUUCCAUACUCACCCCGAGCUCUCGCUACAAGAGAAGGCCACAUCGGAAACUAUCGCCUCCCAUUUAUCCCAGCUCGGAGCCUAUGAGAUCCAGACAAAUAUCGGAGGAUAUGGGCUCGUAGGAGUUCUCAAGAAUGGCACUGGAAAGACAAUUCUUCUUCGGGCCGACAUGGACGCGCUUCCAGUCAAGGAACUCACUGGUCUCCCCUACGCGAGUUCGGUGACUAUGUCUGACGCCGACGGCAAUGAGAAACCAGUGAUGCAUGCCUGUGGACAUGAUAUGCAUAUUACAUGUCUACUCGCAGCUGCUGAAGUUCUGGCCCGCACACAGAAGGCGUGGAGCGGAACUUUAAUAGUACUCUUCCAACCGAACGAAGAACGGGGCGGAGGCGCUCAGGCUAUGGUUGAUGAUGGACUUUAUUCAAAGAUUCCCAUGCCCGACUACGUGUUUGGUCAGCAUGUCAUGCGGAUGCGAGCGGGGAGUGUUGGUUCCAGACCUGGCACGAUCAUGGCUGCUGCCGAUAGCUUGAAGAUCACUCUCUACGGCCGCGGUGGUCAUGGGUCAAUGCCGCAUCAAACGAUUGACCCCGUUCUACUUGCUGCACAUGUUGUUGUUAGGCUUCAGGAUAUUGUGAGCAGAGAGGUGGAUCCGAGUGAUCUUGCUGUCGUGACGGUAGGGAGCCUGCAGGCAGGACAAACAGAAAACAUCAUUGCAGACCGGGCGGAAAUUGGAGUUGACUUUAGAACUGUCAAGUUGGAGACUCGCCAGAAAAUAAUUUCUGCUAUCCGACGCAUCGUGGAAGCGGAGUGCCUUGCUAGUGGAUCGCCAAAACCGCCAUUGUUCACACCAACGAGGCGAUUCCCGCCAACCGACAACGAUAAAAGUCUAGCCUCCCAGCUGGCUGCAUCCUUCAGAGACCAUUUCGAGGACUUUGAUGAUGAUAUUCCAAGGAGCAAUGUUAGUGAGGAUUUCUCCACGUUGGGUACUUCUCAGGGGCUUCCUUGCUCCUUUUGGUUCAUUGGAGGAAUUGAUCCAGAGGUCUGGGAUAAGGGCUCGAGAAAAGAAAUACCCAUGGAAGAGAUCGCUGGGAAUCACUCAGCUCUGUUUGCACCAGUGAUCCAGCCAACGAUGAAGACCGGAGUUGAUGCGUUGUGCGUUGCGGCUUUGACAUUCUUGAAAAAAUAA